GGGGCCCCGGCGGUGCUAAAUGAUAGAGGAUACGAUGACUCUGCUGUCUCUGCUGGGUCGCAUCAUGCGCUACUUCUUGCUGAGACCCGAGACGCUGUUCCUGCUGUGCGUCAGCCUGGCCCUGUGGAGCUACUUCUUCCACACGGACGAGGUGAAGACCAUCGUCAAGUCCAGCCGCGACGCCGUGAAGAUGGUGAAGGGCAAGGUGGCCGAGAUCAUGCAGAACGACCGCCUGGGCGGGCUGGACGUGCUCGAGGCCGAGUUCUCCAAGACCUGGGAGUUCAAGAGCCACAACGUGGCCGUCUACUCCAUCCAGGGCCGCCGGGACCACAUGGAGGACCGCUUCCAGGUUCUCACGGACCUGGCCAACAAGACGCACCCGUCCAUCUUCGGGAUCUUCGACGGGCACGGCGGCGAGGUAGGGGUUGGCAGCGUGUCUGUCUGUCUGUCUGUCUGUGGACGGCGCGUGUGA